AUCCACUCAUUAUAAUAAUGUUGAUAAUAUUGAUAGAUAAAAUAGAUAAAGAAUUAUACAGAAUGAUAUUCGUGUAACUUUUUAGACAUUUGUUGAUACUUGUAUAAUUUAAUAUUUUACGCAAGUAUAAAAAUUAUAAUCCAAUGAUACUUUAAUAUCUAUUUGUAUAUCAGGAACCUAGUUAUAAUUAUUAAUUUUAGAGCAAAACGUAUAUUCUGUAAUAUGAUAAUUCGAAAGUGUAAUCCAUAGCCAACGAAAGCUAAUAAUCUUCCAAAUGAUGAAUCCCGGAACAUUUAUUCAAGACAACCUAUAUUAUAUUUUAAUCUAUUGGUAUUCUAAAUUAAUUUAUUUUAGUAUUCAGUUAAUAACAAAUACUAUUUUAUUUUUAAAUUUCUUUUAACCUACCUAUUACAUAAACUUACAAAAAUAUUUUAAUUUUAAUUGUAUUUAUAUCUGUAAAUAGAUACAUUAUUUUAUACUCAAACAUGGAAGAGAAGGAAACAGACAGCCAGUCAUCAAGGACUGUCAGUCCAGAGCAAACAGAAUUAGAAAAAUAUAAAAAGAACUUACACAGUAAUUAUUUUUGAAUAUUUUAUAUGUUAUUGACAAAGUAUUGAAUCUUGAUGUCUAUCUAUAGAAUUUUUAAGGAUUUUAAAUAUAUUUUUUUUAAUUUUAUUUCUAUAGAAUAUCUAGAAAUUCUUUAAAUUAUCUAGGUAAUGUAUUUAUGUUGCAAAUGUGACAUUAUCUAAAUAACCAAAUAUUUAUAUUAAAUAUUUAAAAAUUGUUUAGCUGUUUGUUUGCCAAAAUUAAUUAUAAUACUUUCAGUAACAUACCUGUACAUGUUAUGGCAUAAAAUAAUAUGUUUGAUAUUGAAAUUAUUUUUCUAGAUUUAGUUGUUGCGUAUAAAAAAUUAACAUUAGAAAAGAAUGCUUUAGAAGAAACAUUAAGGACAUCUUUAAAUUAUGAAAAAGAUGAUUUUUCAGAGACUGCUUCUGAGGUAUAAAAACCUCAUACUUACUUAAUUCUUGCUAGAUUAUAAUAAAUUAUUUAUUAAUAUAUUUUUGCACUGUCUUUACGUUUUCUGUAAUUCUUACUGAAUAUUAUUAUUAAUAAUACGAAAAUUUAAUUUUUAUAUGGAAUAUAUAAUAAUUAUAUUUUCAUUUAAUUACAGAUAUCUACUGAAUCUCAACAAUCUCGUUUUAUCAAUUUAGUGAAUACAAUAGCUAGUUUACAACGAGAAAAAAAUGAAGCUGAAGAAAUUGCAAAUGAUGAAAAAACACGUUUGCAAAAUGAAAAAUUAGAGGUUAGUAUGAUACUUACUUAAUAUGAUAUGGUCUGCUACCCAGAAAAAUUGCUAAGGCUUUUUAAUUGUGUUUGUAAAUAACUUUUCUAUCAGAAAUCUUGCUUUGGUCAAAAACUAUAAGAAUUUGCUUGUAGUAUUUUUGAUAUAAUUGAUGCAUUAGGGGUCAUUUUUUUAUUUUCCUUAUAGUUUUGUAAAAUGUAUAGAAAUCGAAUUACAUGUUCUGCUGGUUAGCCAAUGAUGUACUAUACCACUCACAUAUUGGACCAGUAGAAAUGUAUGUACCUACCCACGCAUGUAAUUUGUAUUGAUUUAUAGCUAGAAAAAUCAGUCAAAGAGUUGAAUAAUAAAAUGGAUACACUAAAAAAACUUCAAAGAUUAGAGAUGGAAAAUAUCAAGGGGAAAUUCAACAAAGAACGAAUGCAACGAGAAAAAGAAUUCAAUGAUCACGGCGUUAUGAUGAGAGAGUUACAAAAAUUAAUGGCUGAAGAACGAAGGCAAAAAGAACAAGCAGAGUCAUUGUCAGAUAAUUUACAAACAGAAGUUACACAUUUGCAGAGAGAAAAUGAAACGUUAAAAAAACAGGCCCAAGAUAUGGACAUUGAAUUAAAAGAUGUCAAACAAAAAUUAAAAUAUAGAGAAGAAGAAACGUCUGCAAUGUUGGCCCAAUUACGCCAAGAAGUAAAAGCUGUGAGACAGAACCAUUCAGUUGCUAUUGCUCAAGUAAAUAUAUUACAAAAAUAUUGUAUUGACAUUUUUCUUUUUAUUAUUUUUAUCUUUUUAGGAACAACAAAGAGCUACAGAAGCAGAGAAAAGAGCUAGAGAACUCGCAGCUACACACGAAAUAAGAGUGUCAAAUCUAGAAACACGUUUGACAGAAUUAUCAAAUUCUAUUGGUGUUUACGAUAAGAUUAGACACCAAGAUGAACUUACAAUACAAUCAUUAAAGGUUUUUAUUAAUUUUUAUUUACAUUUAUUAUUAUAAUGUAUUGCACAAAUGCACAAAUGUAUUGUUCUUAAACAUUGUAGUCAUGUACACUGAUAAUAUUUGAAUUUAUUUUAUGAAAUAAUAGGAACAAGUUAAACAAUUAGAAAUUGAAAAUAAUGAAGAAUAUACAGUGUCUGAAAUAGUUGACAAGUUUAAGCACUUCAAAAAUCUUCUACUGAAUUUAGCCAAGACUUCUGAAGUUCCCUUGAAUAUUGAAGGUAAAACAAAUUUGGAAUUAUUUAGUUGAUUAAUUAUUAGUUAUAUUUUAAAUUAAAUAAUUCUGAAUUACUUAUAGAGAUAAUAUUAAAGGAUUUAGAUUUUGGCAUUCAUGAUUACAAACCAAAACACAUUGAAUAUUCAGAUAAACAAGAAGAACUUAAUAUGUUGUCUAAUAAGCAAGAUAAUAAUAUUUUAUUAAAUCAAGUCAAAAGUCUAAAACAACAUAUUAAUACACUCCAAUUUGAACGAGACCAACUGGAACGUAAAUUUAAAGAAAAAUUAGAAGAAAAUAAUGAAGUAGUUUUUAUUCUUCUUGAAUGAAACAGAAUUAUUACAUCUAUUAUUAUUUUUAGGAAAAUAUUAGUUGGAAGGAUAAGUUUAUGACAAAUGAUUUGGAGUGGCGUAAACGGAUAUCAUCUUUGGAACAGCAAUUAUUAAGACAACGUGAUAAAGCACAAGAUAUGGUUUCAGAAAAAGAACAAGAACUAAAUAAUUUACGUGAAGCUUUACAAACCACAAAAUAUAAUAGAAAAACAUCUCAUUCAUCAACUGGUUCAAGGAAAGAGGUUAAACAUUUUUUUAUUAAUAAUUGUAUUUCUGUGGUUUUAAUAAUAUUUUUACUUAUAUAGUUUCAAGACUAUUUAGAUGAAGAAUCUACUAAAAAAGGGUCACACUUACUUCAUUAUGCACAUGAAUUAGCGUUAAAAGAUAUGGAAAUAACUAAAUUUAGAAAGUCUAAAUCUAAAAUGGAAUCAAAGUACAGAGAUUUACAAAAAAAUACAGCUGAUAUGCAACAACAGUACAAUGCUGAUAUAGAUAAAUUAAACCAACAGUUACUCAGGUAUUAUUUGUAUUACGUAUGAAAUUAUAUAAUUAUUGUAAUGGUGUUUUUUCAGACUUGAAUCAUGCAAAUCUAGAGAAGGCGCAAAUUUAGAAUAUUUAAAAAAUGUAACAUUGAGUUAUUUUCUUACUGCUGAUGAUAAAAUUAGAAAACACAUGGUAAAUGCAAUUGCAGCAGUUUUGAAGUUUUCUGAUAGUGAAACAGAAAAAGCUAUUAAAAGUUUAUCUCAAAGUAAAUAAAUGUAAUUUGUUUGAUUAAUUUUUUAGUGAUAUUUUACAAAUGUAAUGUGUAUUUCCUAUAGUAGAUAUUUAUUUUAUUCUAUUUAAAAUUUUAAGUGAAUUACAAAAUGUUACUACAUAUUUCAUUACAAUAUUGGUUAGUGGAUACAAUCAACACUAGUAUUUGAUUUUAAAAUUAUAACAAAUCAUUGAAUACAAAAACUGCUUAUUUUUCUUGAGACAAUAUUUUAAAUUUUGUGUUAAAUUUUCUAUAGCUAUAUUGCAUAUUCAGAAGCGAGCAGUUGUGUACAUACUUGAACUUUACCCAGG